CAAAGAAGCUUAAACCCAGUUAAGAUGGCGGCAUGUGGAUGAGGAGGUUGUAUAUUUCAGCUCUUCGGUUUCUUUAGGCGAAGGGAUUCAUAAUUGAAACACAUUCUCAAACCUAUCCUAUAAAGAAAACAGACAAGACCCCCCAAUAUAGUUUUUCACCGGGACCGAACCCAUGACGUCCAUUCACUUCGUGGUUCACCCGUUACCCGGGACCGAAGACCAGCUUAAUGACAGGCUCCGUGAAGUCUCAGAAAAGCUCAACAAAUUCAACUGCAACAGUCAUCCACACCUUAUUCCAUUGGAGCAGGCCAAACUCAAACAGUGUGUGGUUGGACCAAAUCAUGCUGGAUUUCUCCUUGAGGAUGGACGCAUCUGUAGGAUAAGCUUUGCCGUCCAGCCAGACCGACUGGAGCUGGGCAAGCCAGAUGGCAAUGAUGGUUCAAAGUUGAGCAGUGUCUCAGGGGCAGGAAGGAGCUCCAGGCCAGGCAGGACUAGUGAUCCGCCCUGGUUCCUGUCUGGUUCUGACACACUGGGCAGACUGGCAGGCAACACCCUUGGGAGCCGCUGGAGUUCAGGAGUUAAUGGCGGAGGCAGCGGCGGGGGAGGCAGUGGAGGCGGAGGUGCAGGAGGAGGAGGGGCCAGUGGAGGGGGAGGCAGCGGAGGUGCCAGUGGAGGCGGAUCUUCGGGUCGCUCCUCCACAGCAGCUCGAGAUUCACGCAGACAGACACGUGUUAUCCGCACAGGCAGAGAUCGAGGGUCAGGCCUGCUGGGCAGCCAACCGCAGCCGGUCAUCCCAGCAUCUGUCAUACCGGAGGAGCUCAUCUCACAGGCCCAGGUUGUUCUUCAGGGGAAGUCCAGAAGCGUCAUCAUCCGAGAGCUGCAGCGCACAAACCUGGAUGUGAACUUGGCUGUAAAUAACCUGCUGAGCAGAGAUGAUGAGGACGGAGAUGAUGGCGAUGACACAGCCAGCGAGUCUUACUUACCCGGAGAAGAUUUGAUGUCUCUGCUGGAUGCGGACAUUCACUCUGCUCACCCCAGCGUGAUCAUUGAUGCAGACGCCAUGUUUUCAGAGGACAUCAGCUAUUUUGGCUACCCCUCCUUUCGCCGGUCAUCUUUGUCUCGCCUCAGCUCCUCGCGAGUUCUCCUUCUCCCCCUAGAGCGAGACUCCGAGCUGCUCCGCGAGCGGGAGUCGGUCCUGAGGCUGCGUGAGAGGAGGUGGCUGGACGGUGCCUCCUUCGACACCGAGCGUGGCUCCACCAGUCGCGAGGGAGAGCCCAGUCUGGAUAAGAAGAGCCUGCCACUGCAGAGCCCCGUCACGCUGGGGGAGGAGCUUCAAUGGUGGCCUGAUAAGGACUAUGUAACAAAAUUUGUCAGCAUCGGGGCUUUGUACUCGGAGCUUGUUGCCGUCAGCACUAAAGGAGAACUGUACCAGUGGAAGUGGAGCGAGCCGGAACCUUAUAGAAACGCACAAAAUCCUUCUAUACAUCACCCUCGUGUUCCUUUCCUGGGCCUGACCAAUGAAAAGAUCACUCAUCUCUCUGCCAACAGUAUCAGAGCCACAGUGGCCACCGAAAGCAACAAGGUGGCCACGUGGGUUGAUGAAACGCUGAGCACUGUAGCUGCUAAACUCGAACACGGAGCGCAGAUGUUUCCAGAACUGCAGGGCGAGCGUAUCGUCUCUCUGCACUGCUGCGCUCUGUACACAUGUGCACAGCUGGAGAACAGUCUUUACUGGUGGGGUGUCGUGCCUUUCAGCCAGAGGAAGAAGAUGCUUGAAAAAGCCAGAGCCAAGAACAAAAAGCCAAAGUCCAGCGCCGGCAUGUCUUCUAUACCCAACAUCACUGUAGGAACUCAGGUGUGCCUGAGGAAUAACCCUCUAUAUCACGCUGGUGCCGUGGCCUUCUCUGUCAAUGCCGGGAUCCCGAAGGUGGGCGUCCUGCUGGAGUCUGUGUGGAACAUGAACGACAGCUGUCGCUUCCAGCUCCGCUCGCCGGAGAGUCUUAAGAACAUGGAGAAGAGCACCAAGACGCAGGAGACCAAGACUGAGAGCAAACCAGAGCUGGUGAAGACAGAAAUGGGUCCUCCGCCGUCACCCGCGUCCACGUGCAGCGACACGUCCUCCAUCGCUAGCAGCGCUUCUCUGCCCUAUAAGCGAAGGCGUUCGACACCAGCGCCUAAAGAAGAAGAGAAAGUGAACGAGGAGCAGUGGCCUCUCAGAGAGGUCGUCUUUGUGGAGGACGUUAAAAACGUCCCGGUGGGAAAGGUGCUAAAAGUCGAUGGUGCAUAUGUUGCUGUGAAAUUUCCAGGGACGUCGAGCAGCGUGAGCAGCCAGAGUGCAGCUCCGACUGACUCUGACCCCUCCUCACUGCUGCAGGACUGUCGUCUGCUCCGAAUCGAUGAGCUGCAGGUUGUUAAAACGGGUGGAACACCAAAAGUUCCAGACUGUUUUCAGCGCACACCUAAAAAGCUCUGUAUUCCAGAAAAAGCUGAAAUUUUAGCAGUGAAUGUUGACUCCAAAGGAGUUCAUGCCGUGUUGAAAACGGGCACUUGGGUACGGUACUGUAUCUUUGACUUGGCAACUGGCAAAGCCGAGCAGGAAAAUCACUUUCCCACCAGUAAUCUGGCCUUCCUUGGACAGAGCGAGCGCAAUGUGGCCAUCUUCACGGCCGGUCAGGAGAGUCCCAUCAUUUUGAGGGAUGGCAACGGAACCAUCUACCCCAUGGCUAAAGACUGUAUGGGCGGAAUACGAGACCCUGAUUGGCUGGACCUUCCGCCCAUUGCCAGUUUGGGCAUGGGAGUUCACUCGCUGGCUAACCUCCCCAGUAACUCCACAAUCAAAAAGAAAGCAGCUAUCAUCAUCAUGGCUGUAGAGAAGCAGACGUUGAUGCAGCACGUGCUGCGAUGCGAUUACGAGGCGUGCAGGCAGUACCUGAUGAGUCUGGAGCAGGCCAUGCUGUUGGACCCGAGCCCUCACGCGCUGGACGCUCUGUUGGGUCACCGCUGCGACGGCAACCGCAACGUCCUACACGCCUGCGUGUCUGUCUGCUUCCCCGUCAGCAACAAGGAAACCAAGGAGGAGGAAGAAGCCGAGCGCUCUGAGAGGAACACGUUCGCUGAGAGGCUGUCUGCGGUGGAGGCUAUUGCUAAUGCAAUAUCAGUGGUGUCCAGCAACAGCUCCGGGAACCGCACUGGAUCAUCUAGCAGUCGAGGCUUGCGUUUGAGGGAGAUGAUGAGGCGCUCUUUACGAGCCGCAGGUUUGGGUCGUCAUGAAUCCGGACCCUCCUCCAGCGACCACCAAGACCCCGUUUCGCCCCCCAUCGCACCCCCCAGCUGGGUGCCAGAUCCUCCACCCAUGGAUCCCGACGGUGACAUUGAUUUCAUCUUGGCCCCUGCAGUGGGCUCGCUUACCACUGCCUCCACAGGCACCAGUCAAGGACCCAGCACUUCCACUAUACCAGGGCCCUCGUCUGAACCGUCAGUGGUCGAGUCUAAAGACAGGAAGGCCAACGCUCAUCUGAUACUCAAGCUAAUGUGUGACAGCGUCGUUCUGCGGCCUCACUUAAGAGAGCUGCUCUCUGCUAAAGACGCUCGUGGAAUGACUACAUUCAUGUUGGCAGUGAGUGGGAGGGCUUAUCCGGCAGCCAUUACUGUUUUGGAAGCAGCCCAGAAAAUAGCCAAAGGUGAAUCAGGUCUCGUAGAGAAAGACGACACGGCGUCUGUGUUCAUGGAGAUGAUCUGUCCUUCAGGCACCAACCCGGACGACUCUCCUCUUUAUGUCCUCUGCUGUAAUGACACCUGCAGUUUCACCUGGACCGGUGCUGAACACAUCAACCAGGAUAUCUUUGAGUGCCGGACCUGCGGCCUGCUGGAGUCAUUGUGCUGCUGCACUGAAUGUGCUAGAGUUUGUCACAAGGGUCACGACUGCAAGCUGAAGAGGACGUCUCCCACGGCAUACUGCGACUGCUGGGAGAAGUGUAAAUGUAAGACGCUCAUCGCCGGACAGAAGGCGGCUCGUCUGGAUCUGCUCUAUAGACUUCUGACCACCACUAAUCUAGUUACCACACCUAACAGCAGAGGAGAGCACAUCUUGCUGUUCCUGGUCCAGACUGUUGCUAGGCAGAGUGUGGAACAUUGCCAGUAUCGACCGCCCCGCAUCCGAGAGGACAGGAACCGCAAGGCUGCCAGUGCUGAAGACUCUGAUAUGCCCGAUCACGACCUGGAGCCUCCUCGGUUUGCUCAGCUUGCUCUAGAGCGAGUGUUACAGGACUGGAACGCCCUCAAGUCCAUGAUAAUGUUCGGCUCUCAGGAAAACAAAGACCAUCUGAGCGCCAGCAGCAGAAUCGCUCACCUCUUACCUGAAGAGCAGAUGUACCUGAACCAGCAGAGCGGCACCAUCAGACUGGACUGUUUCACACACUGUCUAAUUGUCAAGUGUGCACCGGACAUCACAUUUAUUGACACGCUAUUGGGGACUCUGGUAAAGGAACUACAGAACAAAUACACACCUGGCCGUCGAGAGGAAGCAAUCAACGUCACACGCAGGUUCCUGCGAUCUGUGGCCAGAGUGUUUGUGAUCCUCAGUGUGGAGAUGGCUUCUUCCAAAAAGAAAAACAACUUCAUCCCUCAGCCCAUCGGGAAGUGCAGGCGUGUGUUCCAGGCUCUCUUGCCGUACGCGGUGGAAGAACUCUGCAAUGUGGCCGAGUCUCUGAUCGUGCCGGUGCGCAUGGGCAUCACCCGCCCGACAGCGCCCUUUACUCUGGCCAGCACCAGCAUUGAUGCAGUUCAGGGAAGCGAGGAGCUCUUCUCUGUGGAACCCCUCCCUCCACGACCCUCUCCAGAUCAGUCAAACAGCUCCAGUCCGUCGGUUUCCUCAUACAUCAUCAGGAACCCUCAGCCCAGACGCAGCAGCCAGUCACAGACGGCUCGUGGACGUGACGAGGAGCAGGAUGAUAUUGUGUCUGCUGAUGUAGAAGAGGUGGAGGUGGUGGAGGGUGUUGCAGGUGAGGAGGAUCACCAUGACGACCAGGAGGAGGCAGGGGAGGAGAAUGCAGAGGCUGAAGGCCACCAUGAUGAGCAUGAUGAGGAUGGGAGCGACAUGGAGUUGGAUUUACUGGCUGCUGCUGAGACUGAGAGUGACAGUGAGAGUAACCAUAGCAACCAGGACAACGCAAGUGGCCGUCGGAGUGUCGUGACGGCUGCAACCGCUGGAUCUGAAGCAGGUGCCAGUAGUGUUCCUGCAUUCUUCUCCGAAGAUGAUUCUCAGUCGAAUGAGUCAAGCGAUUCAGACAGCAGUAGCAGUCAGAGUGAUGAUGUGGACCAGGAGACGUACCUGCUGGACGAGCCUUUAGAAAGGACCACAGGCUCGGCGCACGCCAACAGUGCGGCACAGGCACCUCGGUCCAUGCAGUGGGCUGUCCGCACCACACCCAGUCAGCGUUCUUCUGGAGGAGCCCCGUCCAGCUCCUCCACACCUGCUGCGAGCUCCACGGGGCUUAUCUACAUCGACCCAUCUAACCUGAGACGGAGCAGCGCGAUCAGCACCAGCGCAGCCGCUGCGGCCGCAGCCCUGGAGGCCAGUAACUCCAGCAGCUACCUGACAUCUGCCAGCAGCCUGGCCCGAGCGUACAGCAUCGUCGUCCGACAGAUCUCUGACCUCAUGAGUCUCAUACCCAAAUACAACCAUCUGGUCUACUCCCAGUACCCCGCCGCUGUCAAACUGACCUAUUUAGAUCUCAUGCAGCGGUUGAGGAACAGAGAUCGUGAGCGUGAGAGGAGAAGUGGAGGACUCAGAGCUGCGUCCAGACGUGACAGAGACCGGGACUCGAGGAGGCAGCUGUCGAUUGACACACGGCCGUUCAGACCAGCCUCUGAAGGAAACCCCAGCGAUGAGCCUGAACCCCUGCCGGCUCACAGACAGGCUCUGGGAGAGAGACUGUACCCCAGAGUACACGCCAUGCAGCCGGCGUUUGCCAGUAAAAUCACUGGAAUGCUGCUGGAACUUUCUCCCGCUCAGCUGCUUCUGCUUCUGGCCAGUGAGGACUCGCUGCGAGCUCGUGUAGAAGAGGCCAUGGAGCUGCUCAUCACACAUGGAAGGGAAAACGGUGCUGACAGUAUUCUGGACCUCGGCCUCCUCGAUGCUCCUGAGAAAGCACAGCAGGAGAACAGGAAGAGGCACGGUUCUACCCGCAGUGUGGUGGAUAUGGAGCUGGAUGACCCUGAUGAUGGAGACGAUAAUGCUCCUCUGUUCUAUCAGCCUGGCAAGAGGGGCUUCUACUCUCCUCGUCCAGGCAAGAACACAGAGGCUCGGCUCAACUGCUUCAGGAACAUCGGCAGAAUACUUGGCUUAUGUCUGUUACAGAAUGAACUUUGCCCCAUCACUCUCAACAGACACGUCAUUAAAGUGCUGCUGGGCAGAAAGGUGAACUGGCAUGACUUUGCGUUCUUUGACCCUGUGAUGUACGAGAGCUUGAGGCAGCUGAUCCGUCACUCUCAGACUGAAGAGGCGGAGGCCGUGUUUGCUGCCAUGGAUCUCGCGUUCGCUAUCGACCUCUGCAAAGAGGAAGGAUCCGGACAGGUGGAGCUGCUGACCGGUGGGGUCAACAUGCCCGUGACCCCUCUGAAUGUGUACGAGUAUGUGAGGAGAUACGCCGAGCACCGGAUGCUGGUGGUGGCUGAACAGCCUCUGCAUGCCAUGAGGAAAGGUCUUCUGGAUGUGCUUCCGAAGAAUGCUCUAGAAGACCUGACGGCAGAGGACUUCAGACUGCUGGUCAACGGCUGUGGAGAAGUCAAUGUGCAGAUGCUCAUCAGCUUCACCUCUUUCAAUGACGAGUCAGGGGAGAAUGCAGAGAAGCUGCUGCAGUUCAAACGCUGGUUUUGGUCCAUCGUUGAGAAGAUGAACAUGACCGAGAGGCAGGACCUGGUGUACUUCUGGACCUCCAGCCCGUCUCUUCCUGCCAGUGAAGAGGGAUUCCAGCCCAUGCCCUCCAUCACCAUCCGCCCGCCGGACGACCAGCACCUGCCCACCGCCAACACCUGCAUCUCCCGCCUUUACGUGCCACUCUACUCUUCCAAACAGAUUCUCAAACAGAAACUUUUACUCGCCAUCAAGACCAAGAACUUUGGUUUUGUGUAGUUGAACGAAACAUGUUUCAUCGUUGUGUAAUAUUACUAGUUCCAUUUUGUAGAUUUAUUUUUUGUCUAUACAGUUUUAUGAAAUUAAAAAGUGCUGUCUCGUCCCCGGCAGUCAUUUGUUUGGUCUGCGUUGCAAACGUAGACGCCUUGUUCUUAUUCUUUCUUUUCUAUUUCUGUUAUCGGAACAUAACAUUCCUGCAUCGCUUUUAAGUUGAAGCCCUGCAGCUUCAUUGGUUUGAACUGUAACUUCCCGUGAAUUUGGCCCGACGGUAAACGGUCCGCCAAACCCCAGCCAAAGACGACAGCGAGGAGUAUUUAAAGAAAAUGAAAAGGUUACACUGUGAUUAUUUUAUUUUAUUUUCCCUGCCCUAAACAUAAAAUUACUAUCAUCGAGAGUUCACUGCUGCCUUUGUGGAAAGUCAUUUUUUCUUGUAUAGAGGGAGUGGGAAUUUCAAAAUAAACUUGGAUGCAAACUAG